CUCUAUUCCCGGUGGACCAAAACUGGAAGAAAUAUAAACUACCUCCGACGCGUCCAAUGCUUAAGAACUUGGAUGAGACUGACAAUAACCUGAUUAGCCUCGGCUCUUCUCUCUGCCAAAAUUUGAUCAUCUUUGCCGACAGAUUCACAGAGAAGGAGAGUUCAACGUACUAGAUAUCGAAUUUGCAAAGGCAAUUAAAUGGCCAUGUUCAUGCGCUUGCCAUUCCCCCCACCCUUCUUCCCUAGCUCCAGAAGUGCAAGUGAAAUGCUGGGGGGCCUCAUGCCAGGUAUUUUUCAAUUAAGUAGCAAAAAUUGGCAAUCUCCGAGCAGAGGAAGAAGAGUCAUAUUGUUUCAGGUCCCUGUAAAAUCUGUACAGACGUCAUGUCGGAUUUCAAUCCCUGGUAUUUCAUCAGGGAGAGAAGAAAAGGUGCCUUCAAAAUUUUUGAGGGACAAGAAGUUGGUUCCUGAUUCAGAUCCUCCUAGCAUCAAUGAUGUGAACUUUUUGUAUCAAUUUUUUGAUCAAAGCACGAAGCUCAUGGUAUUGACUGGAGCUGGGAUUAGCACAGAAUGUGGAAUUCCUGAUUAUAGAAGCCCGAAUGGAGCUUAUAGUUCUGGUUUCAGACCAAUUACACAUCAGGAGUUUCUCCGAUCAAGUCGAGCACGCAGGCGGUAUUGGACCAGGAGCUAUGCCGGAUGGAGACGGUUUACUGCAGCACAGCCGAGUGCGGCUCAUACCACUUUAGCAUCUCUAGAAAAAGCUGGCCAGAUAAAUUUUAUGACUACACAAAAUGUUGACAGGCUGCAUCAUCGUGCUGGUAGCAACCCACUUGAACUACAUGGGACUGUGUAUACUGUAGUUUGUCUAGAUUGUGGUUUUUCCUUUUGUCGGAAUUUAUUUCAGUACCAAGUGAAGGAGCUAAAUCCAAAGUGGGCAGCAGCGAUUGAAAGCUUGGACUAUGGCAGCCCUGGGUCAGCCAAGAGCUUUGGCAUGAAGCAAAGACCCGAUGGUGAUAUUGAAAUUGAUGAAAAGUUUUGGGAAGAGGAUUUUCAUAUUCCUACUUGCGAAAAAUGCAAUGGUGUGCUCAAACCUGAUGUUGUUUUCUUUGGUGACAAUCUCCCCAAGGAUAGAGCUGAUAAGGCAAUGGAAACUGCAAAAGGAUGUGAUGCGUUUCUUGUACUAGGAUCAUCUCUGAUGACCAUGUCUGCUUACCGCCUUGUUAGAGCAGUUAGAAUCCUUGAACAAAUCCAGAAAAACACAGAGAAACACUGGGUCGUACAGUCAGAUGAAUGUUGAUAUCAAUUGUAGAGCCAAAUCCUUCACCUACUUUGUCAAGAGCGACCAUGGCUCUUCUAAUUGUCUGAGCAUUUCUUCCUUGGGGUAUUUUGUCAAGUGCGACAGCUGGCGAGCAGUGGAGGAGAUCCGUGGAUGAGAUGUGAGAUUUGGGUUGUCUUUUUGGGUUUUUCGGCUAGUUUUGGGUGUGUUUCAAGUCGUUUUUUGAGAAACAAUGAAGUUUUUGUGGCUAAGGUGCAAUUUUGGUUGUGUAUUGGGGCUAUUUGGUUGGAUGUUUGAACUCAAGACGUCAAAAAUGAGUCAAACCUCGGAAACUCACGACAAGGGGAUAGAGAGUUAGGUGACCUCUCAUAGUGAGAAUCCAACUCUCCAUAUAGGAGACUUAAGAUGUUGGGAGACUUGUUGGAGACUUCGUGGUCGUCCUGCAAGAGUUCGAGGGCGUCAUUCAAGAGGUGGAACAAGGCCUUGGGCCAAUCAUACUUAUAUGAUAGAGAAGAUUGUUUCAGCACCAGAUUCUGGUUCUACUUUUGGUGAUACUGGUGUUUUUAGCAAGGAUGAGGUAAACAUACUUCUUUGGCUUAUUUCUCAAUUGGAAACAUCUGCUACUUCAUCCUCCUUUACCCAUGCUGGAAAUUUGGCCACGAUUCUAAAUGCAUCUGCUACUAUUUCACGAUUCUUGGGUCAUCGACUCGGGGGGCUUCAAUCAUAUGACUAGUAUAUCAUUUUUUUUUCCUUAUAAUCUUUGUUUUGGCAGGGAAAAAGAUAGAAUAAAUAAUGGUUCUCAAUCGUCAGUUUCUAGUAAAGGCUCCAUUACUGUCACACCUUCUAUGACAUUGUCAUAAGUCCUUCAUAUACCAGAUUUUGCAGCUAAUUUAUUGUCCAUUGCACAUAUUACCCGUGAGUUAAAUUGUAGAAUCAUCUUCUAUUCUGAUUUUUUUUUUUUCCAGGACCUAGUCACAGGGAGGAUAAUUGGUAGUGGUAGCUUGAGAGAUUGUCUAUACCAUCGGGAUUCUCAGCCCACGACACAAGGUUGAUUGACAUAGGCUUAUCACACUAUUUGGUAGAAUGACUCUGCAACAGGAAUUUGGCUUCAGCGGUUAGGGGAUCCUUUUUUGCUAUUGCAACGAAUGUUUCCUUCCUUAUUUCUGCACAAUAAUGUUUCUAAGUUUCAGUGUGAAACUUGUGAACUUGCUAAACAUCAUCGAGCAUCAUUUUCUCCUAGUAUAACUAAAGUGAUGCGCUUUUUGUUCUUGUUCAUACUGAUCGUUGGGGUCCUUCAUGGGUGAUUUCUUUAUCUGGUCAUCAGUGGUUUGUAUCCUUUAUUAAUGAUUUUCUCGGACCACUUGUGAUGUAUCUGUGUUUCAGAUGUUUCACAAAAUGAUUCAGACCCAGUUUAACAUCUUUAUCAAAAUUGUCCAUUUUGACAAUGGAGGUGAGUAUAUGUCAGGUGAUCUUGGUAUAUAUUUUGGUGAACAUGGCAUUAUCCAUCAAACCACUUACGUCGAUACUCAACAGAACGGAGUUGCUGAGUAAAAAAAUUGGCACAUUCUUGAGGUAACUAGUCCUUAAUGCUUGAUACGCAUGUUCCCAAAUCUUGUUUGGGUAAUGCCUUGCUCAUCGUUACAUAUCUCAUCAAUAGGACGUCUUCUCAUGUCUUAGAUUUCAAAAUACCUCUUGAGGUGUUGUCUCCACCUCUCUCUACUUGGUGUCUCCCCAAAGGUUUUUGAUUGUGUUUGUUUUGUUCAUAUUCAUGGUCCAUCUCGGGGUAAGUUAGAUCCUCGUGCUCUCAAAGCUAUUUUUGUGGGUUAUUCUCCUACUCAAAAGGAAUGUAAAUGUUAUCAUCCCCUAUCGCAAAAACAUUAUGUCUCGAUAGAUGAUACUUUUUUUGAAACGUAACCAUAUUUCUCAUCCACCCAAACUCCUUUCCAGGGGGAGAGUUCGAGUGGAAAAAAGAAGUUUUCUAUAAGUAGUCCUUUACUUGUCCUUGCUCUUGUACUAGAGCAGGACAAACAACAACCAUUUGUAAUGAGUCUCCUACUGGUCCUACUGAUGAGACAUAUGAGCCACUUGUGGAGGAGUUAAGAGUUUACUCCAGACGCCAAAAAAGUCAGACUAUCCUUGAUGCUAUUUGCCAAACAUCUAACCUUGACUCAAGUAAUACUACUUCUAUUCCUAAUUUAAACUCGCCAACAAGUUCAAAUUAGUA